UUUCUAGUAAUGGCAACGGCAGGCUUAGAAGUAAGAGAAGCAGGUCGAGCUCUGAGGGUACAAGCAGAAACUCCUCAUCUGGUUUCAAUGGGAAGUGGAAGAUUAUCGACAGCAAUUACACUUCAUCCAUUACCCGAAGGACAAAUCAUUGUAGGAUCUGAACGGAAUGCUGACAUUCCUAUAACAGGGACAGGUGUUGAAUCUAUCCACUGCACAAUUGAAAAUAAUAACGGUAUUGUUAUUCUUCAUCCUGUAAGCGGAGAUACACUAGUUGAUGGUGUAAUCGUAAGCUCACCUAUUAAACUUACUCAAGGUUGUAUACUAUCGAUAGGAAGAUCAAAUUAUAUGCGCUUUAAUAAUCCCGCAGAAGCAAAACAAUUGAAAUCAGCUUUACCGAGUCCAAGACUAUCGAUAAUGCCCAAUAAUUUCUGCGUACUAUCGGAAAACUCAUUUGAACAUCUGGAACGUAAACCACCAGUAGGACCAAAGAAAUCUUUCCGUACUACAUGUCUCGAUGAUGAGAUAGGUUUUCAAGGGAAAUUAACUAAAUUUGAAAUGCUUGCAAGACAAAGUAGAAACUGUGUAUCACCUAAAGUCUUUCCUGCAGGUUCGUUAACGACAAAUGUUCCUGCAGUUCAGAUUCUUGGGCAUUCCAGAACGACAAAUUUAAUUUCUCUCGGUAAAAAUGAAACUUCUCCACUCCGAAAUCUCACUAAUCUCGAUAAAAAUCGAUCAAGUACACCAACUUACAGUAAUUCUAACAACAAUCUUAAUUAUAUUGAUGAUCAACAACAAAAGAUAGACAGCAAAUCUUCCAGUCGUUCAAAUACUCCUUACUCUGACUAUGGUGUUCCAAUAUCUAAUCAUAAUCAAAUUCAAAUGUAUACUACAACUGAGGCUUUUCUCAAACACUAUAAACCUCAAUAUAACGAGAAUAAUAAUGAAACACAAAACUCCCUAGCACAUUCAAAAUCGUUUAAACAUGAAAAUAAUUAUGAUCUGAUGUCUAGAAGUUUAGUGUGUCAAGUAUCUCCUGACUUGGAUAAAUACGGCCGUAAAUUCGAUAUGAGUCAGAGCCUGAUCAUAGCUAAAACUACAAUGACAGAAUAUUUCCAAGUAGACCAAUUGAGAUCAAAUCCCAAUUUAUGUGAUCGUCUUUCGAUUCAUGGAUCCCAUUCAUCUGUUAACAAUAUAAGAGGCAAUUUAAAUUUUGGCUCAAGUCCUAAUAUUAAAAGAAUUCAAGCACCUAGCCCAUCAUUUAAUCGCAAUCCGAAGUAUAAAGAUAAUAAAAUACUUAACGAAAGGAUGGUAAGUCCAACACUUAGUAUAAGCAGCAAUUGCUCACUUCAAGAACUCAGAGAGAGACAGAUAGACGCUGAAAUAAAACAGAAAGAAGCGGAGGAUAAAAUAAAAGUAGUUCAAGAAGAAAGAUUACGAGAGCAAGAAAUUGAAAAACAAGAGAAAAUAAGGCUUGAAGAAAUAUUAACUUUGUGUGCAGAGUAUGAUAAGCAAAAUACAUCAGAUAAACCAAAACAGCCCAAUAGGAUUAAAACUAAUGGAUCGUUACCAAGAGAUAAGAGACCAGGUCAAAGUUCACCAUUUCAUAGCUCUCAAAACUCUCCAAGCAGCCAAUCUUAUUUUUCUUUUGACUCUUCAGACCAAAAUUCAUUGCUUAAAACUAUUCAGCUUAAUGGGUCAUCAUCUUAUAAUAAACAUCAAGUAACGCCAUUAUCAGAUGAACUAGUUUACCAACAUAAUAAUAAUAAUCAUCAACAAAUAACGUGGCAAAAUAAUAUUAUGCAACUAGAAUCCAGCUUAUCACCUGUAUCACAAACAAAACCACCAAGUAAUAACGAAAAUAAUGAGACUGACAACAACACAAAUAUUGACUCUACGUAUGGUAUAAUACCAUUUGAUGGAGCACAAAUGAAUAAUAACACCUUACCGGUCAAUUCUGAAAAUAUUAAUCAUUAUGAAAAUGUAGUGCGUAUGUCACAGCAAAAUAAUAAUCCAAUUUAUGCAACAAUAAAAAAAAAUGGAAAUUUAACGAAUUCAUGUGGAAUUAUUGAAAAUAAACUUGCAAUAUCGAAUGAUGAUCUUCUAGAAGCUAUUGAACAGCUUUCUAUGUUAUCAAAAUCCAAAGAAGCUUAUAUUAAACCAAAGAAAAAUAACAUUGAAAAAAAUAAUACGAAAUCAAAUGAAUUAAAAGCUGAUAAAGAAAGAAACGAACUAGAAGAUGAGGAUAAGAGAAAAUAUAUUGCAUUUUUACAAAAUGAAAAACUUCAUAUUCUUAGCAAUAUGGAUACACUUAAACGGAGUAUCGCUGAUAUCGAAACACAAGAAGAAGAAAUUAGCCGUGAGCUUGAACUCGAAAAAGCAUUGCUAUCAGCUGAGUAUGAAUCGGAAUCAUUGAAGUUAACGUCUGAUGAGACUGAAAAAAUAAGCAUUCAAAUAAGAAUCAAUAAACUUGAACAAGAAAUGGCGGAAGAUACAUCAAUACAAGCAAAUCUUCAAGCCGAAGCUAAAUUUCGAGUUGAAAAAGUACAGCAGUUGUGUAUACAAUUGGGAAAUGAAUUGAAAAAUUGUUCUAAUGAAAGUAAACAGCAAUUAAUAACAGAAAAGUUACAUGUACAACAAAAUGCACUUGAAACAGAAAAAAAGACAUUCGAAGAUCUUGAAUUUCAACAUCUGGAAGAAGAAGCCAGCAAGUUAGCAACCAGAGAAGAAUUGCAGAAGUGCCUAAGUGAACUGUCUCAUAAAAUUGAAGCGCGAAAGAUGCAGCUCAAUCAUUUGGAAUCACAGCGAAAUGAUGCUAAAACGUCAGCAAUGAAGGAAUCAAAAAGCCUUGAGCGUCAAAAGGUUGGACUUAUGAGGAGACUGGAAGAAAGUCGCAACAGAUUACGUGCUAUAGACGAUGAAUUGCAAAACCUAACUAAAAAUUCAAUAGAAAAUGGAACAGAAAAUUCUGAAGAAAAGCGAUCUCCAAGUAGAGAAGAUUUUGAUAGAAUUUCGAAAGUUACACAUAGCUCACCAAUUGUUAAUAGUCAGGGAAGUUUAGGUAGAAAAACAAUAGAAUCGCUCAAAGAAAUUGAAAGAAAUCGACAACUACACCUUGCUAAGCAAGGAAGUCAAGUUAUCUCAGAAGAGCGCCGAAGAGUUGAGGAGUUAAAAAGAAGAGUUCAAGAUGAAGUGCGAUCACAAUGGGAAGAGAGAAAAUUAAAUUGUGCUUCUUUUAAUAGUGUUGAAUCAGGUGAAGAAUCGUCUAAUUAUUCAACUGGUCCUACUGAAAGUGGAAGCAGAAGUAGCGAUGGUGCAGAUAUUGGUAUUAACGAAAAGCUGUCACCAUGUAAACUUGAAGAAUUCAAUUCUUCAAGCCCUGGAACGUCAAAUACUUCUUGUCCACUUUUAAAAAGUGAUACCAUAAAAGAUGGUAAAAGAACUUCUUCAAUCGAAGGAGAGCGAGUUAGUACCAGUAGCAUAGGAAUUACUGAUGGAGACAGAAGUCGUCCACUUUCACAAUCCUCCAGUGAAGUAGAAAGUAUUGGAUCGUUGCAAACUGUUAAGCAUCGUGAUAAGACUAAACUUCAGCGUCCAUUGACACGGUAUCUUCCUAUAAAAUCAGAAUCAUUAGAUUUGAGACACCACAUAGAAACAGCAGGUCACCAGCUGUCUCUUAUAAGCGAUGUUAUUAUUGAUACAACAACUUGCAGUGGCUACCUAUCAAAGAUGAGCAAAAAAUUUCAUCAUUGGAACAAACGUUGGUUUAUAUUUGAUCGGAAAAGAAAAACUUUAUCUUACUACAGUGAUAACUCAUCAAAAAAAACUCGUGGACUAAUAUAUUUUCAGUCGAUUGAAGAAGUAUAUGUUGAUCAUAUGAAUACUGUUCGAUCGCCUCAACCAUCGCUUACUUUCAUUAUUAAAACAUCAACAAGAACUUAUCAUUUGAUGGCGCCAAGUUCAGAAGCGAUGAGAGUUUGGGUGGAUGUUGUAUUUACUGGAGCUGAAGGAUAUCAUGAAUUUGAUCAUCAAGUUUAA